UGUUGGUGGUGGGGGUGCACCUUCCAGAGUCUCUUUCUUCCUCCCUGUCCCAAAGGGCAAGCCAGAAUGGAUCGUCUCUCCCCAUUCUCCUCUCCCUGACUUUCCCUUUUCCUCCGCUCCCCCCAAAUCCCCCAUCUCUGCCCCUGUAAAUAGUGUAAAUUCAAGAAGCAAGAGAUCGUCGUCGAUGAUGGCUGCCAACAAAUUCGCGACGAUCCUGCACCGGCACACCAACCGGAUGGCAGUCAUCCUCGUGUACACCUUCCUGGAGUGGGUGCUGAUCGCGCUCCUUCUGCUCAACGGAUUCUUCGCCUACCUCAUCGCCAGAUUCGCCGACUUCUUCGGCCUCCCCCCCACCUGCGUCUUCUGCUCCCGCGUCGACCGCCUCUUCUCCUCCUCCUCCUCCUCCUCCUCCUCUUCCUCCUCCUCCUUUCGCGCCGCCAUCUGCGACGGCCACGCCGCCGAGCUCUCCCGCCUCGGCUUCUGCGCCCACCACCGCCGCCUCGCCGACGCCGCCGACAUGUGCGAGGACUGCUGCGCCGCCGCCGACCGCCUCUCCUGGAUGCGCCGCAGCGAGGCCGGCGAGCCCGACCUGCGCUGCUCCUGCUGCGGCGUCCCGCUCGAGAGCGGCUUCUACUCCCCGCCCUACCUCCUCUCCAAGCCCUCCCCCCUCCCUUUGGACUCCCCCCCAGUCGACAACUCUGCUCUCGAUCGCGAAAAUUCCUCUACAAACGCCCGCUUUUCUGUCGAAGAUGAACCCGAACCCGACGCCCAAAAUUUUCUUGUUUUCGAAUUCUCCGAUGAAUCAUCCCCGUCCCCUUUAGCCGACGAUUCGGCGAAAGCAAUGACGGCGACGAUUCGGUGCGAGGAAAAUGCGACCGAUGCGGACCGUUUGGUUGCACUAGAGGUGAUCGACGAAAUGACUGUGAUGGAAAAACCCGCCGUCUUUAAAAUCAGCGGCGGAGAAGAUAGAGAUAUGGAUCGCGACCGAGAAGAGCAUGAUGCGCUGGCGCUCGAUAUUGGAGUAGUUCUUGAGGAGAAGAUGGUGCUGGACUCUUCUGUGGAGAGAGCUGACGGUUUUGAAGAGAGUACUUUGGUUCCUUCCUUUGGGGAGACUAUUGUGCCAUUCUCGGCCGAUCGCGGAUCUGUUAUGCCACUGUUGGCACCGAUAAGCGUUGAGGAUAGUGUCGAGUUUAAGGUGGAAGCAUUAGCAGCUGAAGAAGAUAUUCUCGAGCCACAUGAUCGUGUUGAACUUAAAGUGGAAUCAUCGACAGCUGAAGAAGAGAUUGUCGAGCCACAUGAGCUGAUGAGUGUUGAGGAUAGUGUCGAGUUUAAGGUGGAAGCAUUAGAAGAUGAUGAAGAGAUUGUCGAGCCACAUGAUUGUGUUGAACUGAAAGUGGAAGCAUCGACAGCUGAAGAAGAGAUUGUUGAGCUUGAGCUACAUGAUGGUGUUGACCUUGAAGUGGAAUCAUCAACAGCCGAACAAGAGAUUGUCGAGCCACUAAACAGUGUUGAAUUUAAAGAAGUAUCGGCAGCUGAAGAAGAGAUUGAUGAGCCACAAUAUGUUGUUGAAUUUAAAGAAGAAGAGAUUGAUGAGCCACAAUAUUAUAGUCUACAAAGAUUUGAAAUAGCAGCAAUUGAAUCUGAACUGGUAUUGCCCAAGUUGGAUCUUCCGUCUCCUGAACUUCAUGACAUCGAAGAGGAGAGAACACCGGAGUCAUCCACUUAUAAUGAAAGCAUUCCUGGUUUACACAGUAGGUUUCUCUUCGAGCGAAAAGAAUCAGGGGCUGAGUCUUUAGAUGGAAGUGUUGCCAGUGACAUCGAGGGCACUGAGCCACUGACUAUCGAUUCCCUUAAAUCUGCUCUUAAAGCCGAACGAAAGGCUCUGGGUGUAUUAUACGCGGAACUCGAGGAGGAGAGGAGUGCUGCAGCCGUGGCUGCCAACCAAACCAUGGCGAUGAUAACUCGGCUCCAAGAGGAGAAGGCGGCAAUGCAGAUGGAGGCGUCGCACUAUCAGAGGAUGAUGGAUGAGCAAUCUGAGUAUGAUCAAGAAGCCUUGCACGUUCUUAAUGAGUUGUUGACGAAGAGAGAUAAAGAGAAGCAAGGGUUAGAGAGGGAGCUCGAAGUUUAUAGGCAGAGGGUUCUUCAUUAUGAGGCUAAGGAAAAAAAGAAAUUGGCCAGACAUAAGGCAAAUGGGACUAACGGAGCUUCUUCACCUUCCUCAAGUGGUGAAGAGAGUGAUGAUUUCUCCUUCGAUUACUUCGAAAGAAACGAGUCGUCAUAUAGUGUUAAUGAAAAGAACCAGAAUACUCCUACUGAUGCUGUGCUAAGUUCGCCGAGAGAGAUUGAGAGUGCGAAGCUUCUGAUCAAACGCAAGGCAUCCGUAGCUGAUUUCGAUGAAGAAAAGCUCUCUAUACUGGAAAGACUUAGGGUUUUGGAGGACAGGCUCUUCGAAUUGGAAGAUGGUGAAUCUUGUGAGGUAAACCACCAUGAGUCGAAUGAUGAGGAUUACAAGUCCCUAUCUGAUGUUUUACAUGGUAGCUUAAAUGGAUAUUCCGAUAGUCUUGGUAACAGCGGGAAGCAUCUGCACUCUGAGGGAAGGAAUAUGAAUGCUGCUGGAAAGAGGCUUUUGCCUCUUUUUGAUGCUGUUAGCAUGGAAAAUGAGGUUGCAUUAGCGUCGAUAAAAGAGGAGGCACAAGAAGCUGGUAAUUCACCGAAACUUGCUUCCAAUAGUGCAAAAGAGCAAGAGAGGCUUGUAUUCGGCGAAGAGGUUGAUGAUGUGUAUGAGAGACUACAAGCACUCGAGGCAGAUAGAGAGUUUCUCAAGCAUUGUAUCAAGUCGUUGAAGAAAGGAGACAAAGGCAUGGAUCUUCUUAAAGAGAUUCUGCAUCAUCUUCGCGAACUCCGAAGUGUUGAACUUAGGGGGAGGAAUGACAGGGAUUGAACUCUUUCUUUGCUAUAACCCUAGUGUGCGCAGAUGGAAGAUAAAGCUUGGUUGAUAUGGAGUCCAUUGGUGGUUUGGAGCCGUUGCGAACGAUCCGAAGGUUUUGAUCAAACACGGGUCCACAUCGAAGAGGGUGUGAAUCGAUAUAUUGGCUGAUUAUGUUUUGUAAUUUGGAGGAGUUUUAAAUUUGCCAGGAGGGAAGGAGCCCCUGGUGCUCUCGAGUCUCAUCUUUGUUGGUUGGUCAUAUCAUAUGUCGAGUGGAAGCAGACCAUGGAAGGGGUCUGCUUCCAAAAUGCCCUAGGUUUUGUGGGCUUUGUUCUUUUCUCUUCUUUUUUUUUUUUCCAUUUUUUUCUUCUUUCAUGGGUUUCCAUUACUUUUCAAUGGUUGCAGGAUGGAUGAACCUAAGAAGGGUUCUGGGUCAUCCAUUCAUGAUGUGAGUGUGGUAGAAAUCAUCAUCAUUCAGGGCUCAUAAAGCUGGACAAAGUCACAUAUUCUUGUGCCAGCUCUAGAGCCAGGUAUAUACAGCAGUUUAAAAAGGGAAAGUAGGGCUGAGUGGAGCUUCUUUAGUUCUUUUAUUUUUUUCUUCUUUGUUUGUGUUUCCUUCCUUCAUAGAGAGGGAAAAGUGCUUGUUGUAUGAUGUUCUUUUGAAUAUGGUAUUGAGUACAUAAUACAAAAUGUUUGUUGAAGAUUUUAUCA